GGAACCCUGCUGAAUCCGAAUCUGGCGGCUAUCGUUACCUCAGCUAACCUACAAUGUAUUAUUACCACACACCUUCUUCUUGCUCUUCCUCUUCCUCUUCCUCCUUCGCUCCACCUUCUCUUUCUUCGGAUCGGACCUGUAAGUUCGCGCCUCAGGGUCUAUUCUGCAACUUAUAAAUAGUGUCGCAUCCCGAGAGAAAGCGCACCGACGGCUGCCCAGUAUACCAACAAUUAUGGCCCCCCGAAAGUCCAAAACCUCACGACCGCCACCGCCCUCGAAGACCUUGGUCCUCGACAAUGGCGCAUACACAAUAAAAGCUGGAUACGUGACCGACGACGCGAUUGACGACCCUCGCGUCAUCCCCAACUGUAUAGCGCGCGACGGCGACCGCAAAGUCUACGUCGGGUCCGAGCUGGAGAGAUGCAAGGACUUUGGCGAGAUCGCCUUCCGCCGCCCCGUAGAGAAGGGUUUCGUCGUGAACUGGGAGGCCCAGAGUGCCAUUUGGGAGCGCGAAUUCUUCCACGAGAACGCCCCGCAGCAUUGCGAUCCCUCGGAAACCCGACUGCUGCUUGCCGAGCCCUCCAGCUCGCUACCCGCCCUGCAGACGCACACCGACCAGAUGGUGUUUGAGGAGUUUGCCUUCGCGAGCUACUACCGCGGAAACGGGCCUUCCUUCAACGCCCACCACGACAUACAAGCCAUUCUGCGCACCCCCAGGCCCCCCGAGACCGUCGCUCAGUUGCCAGUCGAGGUCAUGAUGCUCAUCGACUCGGGCUACUCACAUACCACCGUGACGCCGCUUCUCCGAGGUCACCCUAUUCACCCUGCCAUCAGGCGUCUCGACGUGGGCGGAAAACUUCUGACAAACUACCUCACCCGCCUCUUGUCCCUCAGACACUACGAUAUGCGCAACGACACCUAUAUUGUGAACGAGAUGAAAGAGCAGGCGUGCUACGUCUCUCGCGACUUCAAGGGCGAUCUGGAGAAGACCUGGAAAGGCACGAGGGGAGAUCCUCGCAGACAAGACUUUUUGGCCGGCGGAGGCAUAGCCAAGGAUUACGUGCUGCCAGACUUUCAUUCCACAUCCAAGGGCAUCGUUCGGGAUUACGAUCCGUCCCAAGCGUCAAAGGCCAAGAAAUUAGCCGCAGCUCGUGCUGGAGAGGUGACAGAGGAUGUCAUCACCCUGCGCAACGAACGCUUCACAGUCCCGGAAACACUCUUCCACCCUUCAGAUAUCGGCCUCAAACAGUCAGGCAUAGCAAACCUGGUUCGGGAAUCCCUUGACGUCCUACCAGUUGGGCUCUGGCCCGGUCUUUUAGCCAACAUCAUCGUGGUCGGAGGCAAUGCUCUUUUCGAUGGAUUCUACCAACGUCUACAGGAAGAGAUUAAGCAGCUCGUGCCCGACGAGUGUAUUGUUCGCGUCGCGCGGCCAGCCAAUCCAAUUCUCAGUACAUGGUCUGGCGGCGCCAAUCUGGCAAGGCAUGAGUCCCUCAAUUCGUUGUGCGUUACCAAGCAGGAGUACGACGAGUAUGGCGCUGCCUGGGUUGCCCGCAAGUUUGCAGGUGUGGACGAGUGAGCUUGGGCUCGGUUUGAUCUUGACAAGUGCAGGCACGUUCUCGAUGCGCAUGUGCUAUCGUGACGACUCAACGUAACUUGUUCCAUUCGGACGCUCGGAAUGCUUCACCCAUCAUACGUACAAGUGUGAGGCUGACUCCAAGUAAUUUGCGAUCACCUCCACAUAUAUGCGCUGAUCCGACGAUAGGCCAUGUUUCAGCCGCGCAUUC